AUGGAUGAUGUCAGAGAAGUAGAUGAUAUCCCAGUCUCCCCAACGCGCAGAAGAAAAGCCCGGGCCAAGAAGAACGGCUCGAAGGUACGCGACCUACUGUUUCAUACCCAGGAUCUUUCUAUUUUCCAAGACCUAGACAUAUUCAAUAACAACCUGGGACUCAACGACGACUGGUAUUUCCCAUCUGAGCCCAGCAUCCAAAUAUAUACUGGAGACCUUGGGUUCAAUAAUAUGCCAACAGCAUCAUCCAUCACCAACCUACCCAAUGGUGAUCCUUCAGGCGUAGAGCAAACGUUAAGCAAGCUUCCCACUGACAGAGAAGCCGUCGACGAAUGUGAGCCGGAGAUGUUACUAGCUAUGUGUGCUCUGGGCGCUGAAUCUCGGCAGGAGAAUCGCAAAGCAGCAUUCUUAUUCCAUGCGGCUAAGGAAAUACUGCACCAAAGAGCGAGCAGGAAAGAAUGGAAAGAUACGGAAGGUCCUAUCGAUGCCUCGGGAAGAAGCGCAUCGUCACCAAGCCAGCAAACCUCCACUCGUGACUCGCUGCGGUAUCGUAGAACAAUGCGUGAAGCCCGGUGUGCCUUUCUACUUAUUGCGUUCGCUACCUGGCAACGCGAGGAAAGCAUACAUCGUGAGGCUUUCAAUCUCCAGAGCCUCUUGGCCAGAUGCGUUCGAGAGUGUCAAUUAAAAGAGACUGAACAGUCUUUAUUUGCCGAUGCCGGCGGCUGGCAUCUGUGGAUCCAGCAAGAAAUUGACAGGAGGGUAAAAUUACUUUCUUUCGCUUUUCUAAACCUGCAGUCCAUUGCAUUUGGCACUCCACCAGACAUCCUGGCCGAUGAAAUUAAUGUUCGUCUCCCAUGUAGCAGCCUGGAGUGGAUUGCUCCGAACGAACAGAAAUGGAGGCUUGCUCGAAGGCCUGGCCAUCGGGAGCAGAUGUCAUUCCAAGAUGCUCUUUGUCACGUUAUAAAGAACACACCAGAGACCAAUUCGACAAAUACACUGCCGAUACCUUCUCCGUUGUCAAACUACAUCAUCUUACACGCCAUUAUACAGCGGAUCUUACUCGCAUAUCAUACACUUGGUCCAUAUAACGAUGCGAAUAAUAUCAUACUCAAUGGGCAAAAGAAUGUCAUGCGUAAUUCUCUUCAUGCAUGGACAUCUCUAUGGCAACGAGCACCUGAAUCGAGCUUGGACCCCCGAAAUCCGAAUGGCCCUGUGACAUACACUUCAACUGCUCUGCUGGGUGUUGCAAUUCUCCAGUCCCACGACGCUACAGACAUAGCAAAGCGACUUCUACUAAUACCCCGUUUGCCACCCGGCCCCCAUCUUCUCCCGGCAAUUUUACAUGCGACGCAUGCCCUCAGCAUCCCUGUCAAAUUAGGGGUAAACUUUGUCGCUCGAAGCCAUGCGUUCGUCUGGAGCGUACAACACUCACUUUGUGGACUGGAAUUUGCGAUCUUUCUCAGUAAAUGGCUCUUUUGUAUCGCCGACAGCCAGACCAGAAGACCACUAAAUGCACACGAAGCGCGUCUCGUGAAUUGGAUCAGCGAUAUUGUCGAAGAAGGACGAACAUCAGCAGACGAUGAUUUGUGGUCCAGGCCUUCAAAUCUCUCAGAUUGUUCUUACCUAGGAAUUGCCGUUGUAAAGUUAUGGGCCCGACUGAUCAGGGGAAACGGACAUUGGUCAUUAUUUGAGGUUGUUAGUGAUGGACUGGACCUCUAUGCCAACACUUGUGAGCAGAGCUUUCUCCAGAUACAGGGCAUGGGUCCCGACCACGCAACCGACACCCAAGUUCUCGUAAAGUGGUCGCGAGAACAAGACAGUGCCACACGCAACAGCGCUCCGAAUAAAGCCAGCAAAGUCACUCCCCGCAUAGUGCGGAUGACAAGCGGGGACAAUCCAAUGGAAACCGGUCCUUCUCUGAGGGUUCCAUCCAUCAUCAGCAAAAUACCAUCCCACGCACAUGAUAUUUUGGUUGUGGAGCGGUACGGUACUAAUAUUGACUGUAUCUCCCCACCCCUCUUGCUUUUCGGCGUGCGCCAGCCAGCAUGGUCUACAAAUCAGACGCAAAGUCUGGUCGAGGAAGCUGUUGCGUAUCCAUGA